GAUUUAGGGUUUUACAUUUCCCACUCUCUUUCUCGAGUUGCUGCCGGAGCAGAAGAGUAGCAAGAUGGCGGCGAGGAAGACCCCUAAGACUAGCCGGAACCCAGAUCUAAUCCGUGGAGUGGGGAAGUACUCCAGGUCCAAGAUGUACCACAAGCGCGGCCUCUGGGCCAUCAAGGCCAAACACGGCGGCGUGUUCCCUCGCCACGACCCCAAGCCCCAGGCACCUGCUCCAGUCGAGAAGCAGCCCAAGUUCUACCCUGCCGACGACGUCAAGAAACCGUUGGCGAACAAGCACAAGCCCAAACCCACCAAGCUCAGGGCGAGCAUUACUCCUGGGACGGUCUUGAUUCUCUUGGCUGGUAGGUUCAUGGGGAAGAGAGUUGUUUUCUUGAAGCAGCUUCCUUCCGGAUUGCUUUUGGUUACUGGUCCAUUCAAGAUUAAUGGUGUACCUCUAAGGCGAGUGAAUCAAGCCUAUGUCAUUGCAACUUCCACCAAGGUUGACAUCUCUGGUGUUAAUGUUGAUAAAUUUGAUGACAAAUACUUUGCAAAGAAAGUUGAGAAAAAGAAAAAGAAGGGAGAGGGCGAGUUCUUUGAGGCAGAGAAAGAGGACAAGAAGGCAUUGCCCGAUGAAAAGAAAGAUGAUCAGAAAACUGUAGAUGCUGCCUUGUUGAAGUCCAUAGAGGGUGUCCCAGACUUGAAGGCUUACCUUGCUGCAAGAUUCUCUCUUAAGGCCGGCAUGAAACCACACGAGCUUGUCUUCUAGAGGAGAGAGUUUUGGAUUUAAGAGUUUAAUCGUGAUAAUUGUUUUUCUUUGGAUUUCUUCUGGUUCUGAGUUUUUCUAUUCCGAAUUUUGUAUACAAGUUAGUUUCUUCUUGCAAGAAUUUUGUGUUUUUCGUUACCCGUCUCAGGAGUUGAACUUGAAAUAUAUUUUAUUUUGAAACUCAAACUCUCAGCUGUCGAAACAUGCA